AUGCAGUGGCGGCAUUAUGCCAGCCAGCAGCAUGCGGUGCAACUUUGCCGGACGCCUGGAACUCAGACACCUGCCCAGUUAGCAGCUACCUUGUGGGCACUGGCGAAGAAACGGGCGAGCGAGCCCAACUACAUUGGCAGGGCGUUGCAGGAAUGUGACCAGCGCAUCCUUGAAUUCACCAACAACGAGCUACAAUGCGUGCUGUGGGCGGUUGGAACCCUGGAGCCAAGUAACCGGCCUUUGGUGCGCUCGUUGUCAUGGUCCAUUGUGCGGAGGAACCGGCAGCAUCAGCGAGCACCUCACUGUUUUGGUAACAUGUAUUGGGUGCUUGCCAUAACUGGAUGCUUACAAGGCGAACUGGCUUAUGCCUUGACUGACAGCGUGGCCAAGUCUGUUCGCACACUCCGAGAUCGAGAUGUUGCCGGUGUUACGUGGGCUUGUGCCGUUUCGCAGUUGGAACGCCCUUCCUUGAUGAAAGCCAUGACUACCCAAUGGAUUCGGACAAUUUUCGAGUUUUCUUCACGGCACCUCGCCAACACAGCCUGGGCAUUGACAAAGGUAGCUGCGCCAUGGCACACAGAGAUGGGCGUGGCCAACAGGUUCUGGGCUGCCGUCACGGGUCAGCUCGAGCAGCUACAGCCGAAGGAGUUUGCCAGCCUCAUGUGGUCUGCAGCGCGGAGCCUUGUGACCUUGCCCGAAGGGAAUCAAAGGCGUCGAAUCAUCAAUCGGCCGAUGGCCCUUGCAGCAGACCAAAGGCUGGGCGCGCAAGAAAUGACCAACUUGGUGUGGUCCUUUGCUCAGCUGUCCUUCUUGCAGGGUAACGAUCGCGAUCCGUUGUGCGAGCACAUGUUCGGAGAAGCAGCAAGGAGGUUUGGAUCACUGGCCCCGCGGCACAUCACAAAUUUGUUGUGGGCAUCAGCUGUGGUACGCGCCCACCACUCUCCAUUCCUGCUUCUGGCAAAGCAAGCCAUUGCGGAGCAAGGUGACAUGCUAAACACGUUGGAGCUGGUCAACGUUGCCUGGGCAUUUGCAAAGCUUUCUUCCUUGGAUGCUGACAAGUGGGUCCCCUUGUGCCAUCUACGUGGCCGGCUUGGGGAGCUGACGGGGCAAGGCCUUGCCAACGUGCUUUGGGCAAUGGCGGCUGCGUUGGUGAGCGUCGAGCAGAUGCGCUGGGAGGAUGAUGCGCUGUUGGAGUCGAUCCAACGGUCUGUGGGCAUUUUCAAGCCCCAGGAGAGCUUUCAAAUGCAGCCUGGGCUUUAG